CUUUUCUGGGCUUUCUGAAGACAUCAAAGCAAUGGAUAGCAAACAGCUAUUCAAAACAUCAAAGAAUAUUUAGUAGUAAUAGUUGGUAACACAGUUGCAGAUUUUGUUUGAGAGACAUAGUGAACUUUCAAGAGCGGCCUUUAAAAAACACAUACACAUGAACCUAGGGUUCUCCGCAUGUGUAUUAAGUCGGAAGGGAAAGGAAGGUGGCAGGAGCAGCAAGGUUAAGGUUGUUAUUCCUGUUCUAGUGAGUCACAACUCCUAGGUAUUAGGUGAAAAUUAGUUCCACCCUCACUUCUCCCUCCUCCCUACCUUCAAAACAUGAAAUCACCCCAAGAUGUUAACACCCUCUCAAAUGGCCAUUACUUAGCAGCCUACGAGAAACUGGCAGAGUGAGGAUGGGUGAGGGUCAUCCGGUGAGCCAUUUCCUUUUCCAUCCCAUCCCCUCCCCUCCCCAAAUGCCAGGAACGACUGCAACAUUGGGGAGUAUCAAGUGGGCUCCCCACGGGCCUUUCUUGCCCCCACCCCUUCCAUGUCUGCUGUUGCCGCCGCAGUUCCAUCCAGAACAAGCAAGUUUCCCUAUCUUCCCCCAACGUCCCCACCCUCCAGCCCUUUCCUGUCGAGCUCAUUCCCCCGCCCUGGUCACCCCGCCCCCACCGCUGCGCUGGGGAAGAGAAGCAGCUGGUGGGGGGUGGGCGCCCCUUCCCGCAGCCCCAUCCGGCUCCCCAGGGCGAGCGGGGAAAUGGCUUCUGGUGCCUUUCUUGCCCAGGCUGCAGGGGCCGGGCCCGGCGGAGGACCUGUGAUUUUAUUGGCAUCAGAAACUCCCAGUACGGAAACUACCUCUAACAAUGAAUGAAUGAAUGAAUGAAUGAAUGAACACUGUGCUAAGUGCUAGGAAUGAAAUAGAAAAUUAAGACAGUCUUUGCUCUGAAGGAGUUCACAUUCCAGAGAGAAUCUUUAAAGGAAACUUCAUCUGCAAAUUGGAUAGGAAAGUGCCAUGGUCCUUGGGGUACAGCAGCAUAGCAAAACAGAUGGUAAUGCUUCUUCUGUAAUGUCAGUUCCACAUAUAAAACCCUAUCCAUUAUGUUGAACUUUUGACAAAGCCAAGGACUUUGGUAUUGAGAAUUUUAUUUUCUGGUUCUUUAGUAGCUAAGACUUCUGAGCAAGCAAGGGCUACAGCAUCUGCAGAAGCAGUAGCCAAAUCACAUCUACUUAAGAAUUACUUCUAAAUAACGAAUGUGUGGACUGGGCUGGAAAAAAAGGAGGUAUUGCUCUUCCCAAGGCCUAGGGAGCAGAGAGUUUAAGUAAUUUUCUUAAGACAUAUUUGUCAGAGACAAGACUUGAAGCCAGAUUUUCCAGAUUUGGAGGCUCGCCUUCUAUCCACUAUAUCAGACCAUGCCAAUUGUUAUUAGAACAGUUCUUAUGUAAGGUACUGCACCUUUCAUACGUGGAUAGUUUAUCUGCUGAAAGGGUUGUAAAAAGGACGCAGAUGCAAGAAAUACCAAGAAUAGUAGCUUGAAGAGUUUUUAGGAACUGAUAAAAAGCAGCACCCUAGAUAAAAGUAUUGAGGGCUUGGAAUGAAAGUAUGCCCCUCAAAUGCAAAUGCCUGAUUACAGAGGUGACUGUAGGGCAUUGCUUCCCAGCCACUAGUUUGAGUAUGACUAUUUUCAGGACUUUGGAGUAUAUUAUUGGACCUUUAAAACUCUUUCUAAUCUGUCCUUUCCCUAUAUUUUCGGUUUACUUACCUUUUACUAUUAUCCAUAAACUCUAUAAUCCAGCUACACUGGCUUUCUUGCUUCUCUUUGACUACGACACUCCAUCUUCUGUCUCUGAGACUUUUCACUAUCUGUUUCCCAAACAAGGAAUACUAAUUUUCCUCACUUCCGCUUCUUAGUUUUCAUAGCUUCCUUCAAAAACCAGUUCAAAUCCAAUCUUAUAGGAGACCUUUCCUAGUACUUCCUACUAAUUCCUUCUUCUCUGAGAUUACGGUCUAUCUAUUUUGUAUGUAUCCUUUUUUGUAUCUAGUUAUUUAUACUUCAU